GUAAAAAGGGCAGGUCCUUCCUCCACGUCUUCGGGAGGACGUGCGGCUACUGUGUUGGGCCGGGUGUCCUCGCGCGGAGGUGUUGCCCGGGCUGCGCUCUCGCCGAGGCCUCGCCCCCGCCCCGCGACCUAGUCGUCCUGGAGGCAGUGUCUUAGUCUUGCACGAAUUUCUCCCCUGGGAGCCAGGCUUGGAGAGCUGCAGGCAGCACGAGGUUAUUCGGCUCGUUGGGGCUGUGCGGUUUCGGCUGAGCCCGCAGGGCACGCCUGGUUCUCUGGCUUCUCGACCCGGUUCUGCUCAUGGCGGCGGCGGCUACGCUGGUGGACCGAGUUCAGGGUUGUGUGACCUUCGAGGAUGUGUUCGUGUAUUUCUCCCAGGAGGAGUGGGAACUCCUUGAGGAGGCGCAGAGAUUCCUGUACCGUGAUGUGAUGCUGGAGAACUUUGCACUUGUGGCCACUCUGGGUUGUUGGUGUGAAGCAUACAAUGAGGAGGCACCUUCUGAGCAGAGCAUUUCUGUAGGAGUGUCACAGGUCAGGACUCCUGAAUCAGGUCCAUUCAUGCAGAAAGCCCCAUGUGAGAUGUGUGACCCACUCUUGAAAGACAUUUUGCACCUGACUGAACACCAGGGAUCACACCAUACCCAGAAACUAUACACGCAUGAUAGAGGAUUCUCAGUUGGUACAAAAUUUUACCGGCACCACAAGCAAUGUAGUAGAGAAAGUAGCCUCCAAGAGGAUAAUGAAGAGGCAUCAUUUGUGAAGAACUGUACAGUCCACAUGUUUGGGAGAUCCUUUACAAGCAGGGAGGAAGGGAUGGAUUUGCCAGGAAGCUCUGGCCUCUUCCAGCACCAGACCACUAACAGGGUGAGUUUUUAUGAAAGGACAGAGUGCCUGGAAUCUUUCCCACACGAUUCCAGUCUCAGACAAUACCAGAAAGGCUGUGAUGGAAAGAUGCUUUUUAAUUGUAGUGAUAAUGAGAAAGCCUUCUUGAACACCCUUACUCUCCUUGACAACCAGGUAACUCAUACUGUGGUAAAAUCCUUCCCAUGCCUACCAUGUGGAAAUAUGUUCAAGGAAAAAUCAGCUCUUAAUAAUCACAGAAAAAUUCACAGUGGAGAAGCAUCUCAGGUGUGUAAGGAGUGUGGAAAGGCUUUUGUUCAUCUGUCCCACCUAAAAAUGCACCAGAAAUUUCACACUGGCAAAAGAUAUUACACUUGCAGUGAAUGUGGGAAGACCUUCAGCCGCAAGGACACACUUGUUCAGCAUCAGAGAGUUCACACUGGAGAAAGGUUUUAUGACUGCAGUGAGUGCGGAAAAGCCUAUAGCAGAAGCUCCCACCUUAUUCAGCACCAGAGAAUUCACACUGGAGAAAGGCCUUAUAAGUGCAGUGAAUGUGGGAAAGCCUUUAGCCGUAAAGACACACUUGUUCAACACCAGAGAUUUCAUACUGGAGAAAGGCCUUAUGAAUGCAGUGAGUGUGGGAAAUUCUUUAGCCAAAGCUCUCAUCUUAUUGAGCACUGGAGAAUUCACACUGGAGCAAGACCUUAUGAGUGCAUUGAAUGUGGGAAAUUCUUUAGCCAUAAUUCCAGCCUCAUUAAACACAGGAGAGUCCACACAGGAACAAGGUCUUAUGUGUGCAGUAAAUGUGGGAAAGCCUUCAGCUGCAAAGAUACACUUGUUCAGCACCAGAUAAUUCACACUGGGGUAAGGCCUUAUGAGUGCAGUGAAUGUGGGAAGGCAUUUAGCCGUAAAGACACACUUGUGCAGCACCAGAAAAUCCAUACUGGAGAAAGGCCUUAUGAGUGUGGUGAAUGUGGAAAAUUCUUUAGCCAUAGCUCUAAUCUUAUUGUGCACCAGAGAAUUCAUACUGGAGCAAAGCCUUAUGAGUGCAAUGAGUGUGGAAAAUGCUUUAGCCAUAACUCCAGCCUCAUUCUACACCAGAGAGUUCACACUGGAGCAAGGCCUUAUGUGUGCAGUGAAUGUGGGAAAGCUUAUAUUAGUAGCUCUCAUCUUGUUCAACACAAGAAAGUUCACACUGGAGCAAGACCUUUUGAGUGUGGUGAGUGUGGGAAAUUCUUUAGCCGCAAUUCUAGCCUCAUUCUACACCAGAGGGUUCACACUGGAGAAAAGCCUUAUGUGUGCAGUGAUUGUGGGAAAGCUUAUAGCAGAAGCUCUCACCUUGUUCGGCACCAGAAAGUUCACAUUGUAGAAAGGCCUCUUGAGCACAACAGUUUUGGUAACUCUUUAGUUGCAUCUCUUAAACUUACUUAGUACCAGAAAUUCACAUUAGAGAGAGGCCUUAUGAGCACUGAAGAUGUGCUUUUUCCUUAUAGGACUCACACCAGAGAAAAGUGCUGUGAGUACUCUUUGUGAGAGAACCAGCAGGUGAAUCUGGUAUAAUCAUACAUCCAGCCUGGGGAGAGUCUCAGUAGCCACUAUCUUUGUCGGGAGCUUCAUGAGCUGUUUUGCACUUUCUAAACUACCCAGGGCUCUGGACAGAGUUGUAUCACUGCCAUUGCCUAUGAUGGAAGCCAUCUUACUGCUACCAGCUGUGUGAGAAUCACUCACAAUUUGUUCAGGGAAAACAGUCCUCUGUGCACUCUCUCCUGUUCACUGUAGGGAAUCAUGACUAUUCUGAGCCUAUUAAGGGGCCUCAUUUUUUCCCUCAUGAUUAGGUUCUGAGUGGACAUAAUCCAGCUCUGGACAUAUCUGAGCUAAGGUCCUCUAGGGAUUUUCUGACAAGGUUCCCUUUCUUCAUAGAGUGUGUUCACUGUAAACAUUAUAGUUAUGACUUACUUGUCCUACUACCAAAGCACCCAACUUUGGACCUUUCCUGUCCAGUGUGACUCUGACUACCACAAUGACUACUGUGACAGCCUUUUCUCUUGGGGGUUUGGUUUACUAUGUAGAGUGGAUUGAGAAAAAUAAUAGUUUUAUCAACGUGAAGGGAGGAACAACUUUUAUGGGUACCAUCUUUAUGUGCCUCAGAGGGGACCACAGGAUAACCUAAUUUGCACUGUUUUCCUAGACCUAAUAAGAAAGACUGAAGAACUUUAUUUGCCUAACUCUGUGGGCUAGAUGUCAUGAUUUCCUGUGAUACCAGUGUUCAUCCUGAGGAAGGCAGGGUUGGUGUAAAAAUCUCCAGUGCUGG